AUGGUAGCAUUGUAUGUUAUUUCAGGCUCUCCUCUUUCUCGUGAGCUGCUCCGCCUACUCUACUUGCCACUUGGUAACGCUGGACAGUCAAACUCUAUCUUUAAUCUCUUCAAUCCUCUUCAUAAUGGCAUAAGUCCCGAAUCCGGACCCUCAGAUCGGUUCUCCUGGUCUCCAGGACAGCAAAUAGCUCCAAAUCACAUAAAUGUACUCAACGGCGUUAGUGGGGGCUUACAGGACCUACGGCUGAUGUUGAGCCUACGUGGACUUCGUAGCCUCGUCGACUUGCUUGAUGUGAGCACUACGCGACGCCGGCUCUCCUGUCACCUGUUGGCUGGAACACUGGAUCGUAAUGAUGCUGCUGUUGCGGCGGUCGUUGAAGCUGCGACAGCAGCUGCUGCUGCCUCUUCCGCAGUCUCUGAAGCCUCACAGGCUCUCCAGCUGAAGGCUCCAGACACAACUGAUGUUACGUCUUCUGCUGACCUCGCAGCUCUCCAGCAUCAGGCUAUGAUAGCAACUGCUGAUCUGGCUGCGGCUACUGAUGCUCUCCAAGGAACUCGAAUAACUCGAGAGUCAGACUUGGAUGCUCUCCUUCAACUGAUCUCUAGCUUGCUAGUUGGCCUUCGAGAUCCUACUUGUCCUUUGCCUUCGCGUACUGGAGGCCCAGGAACAGAGACUGUGGCUGAAUUCGAUGAUGUAGAGGAGUUCGUGGAAGCGCAAUGUUUAGUGUCGGGUGCUAUACAUCUUCUGGGCGAAGAUCCAAGAUCUCGCGACCCAGACACAGCUUAUCUGCUUUUAGUCAAGCUGAAUAAGUGUCUUGUGCAGGGCGGCCCCGCUCUUAUCCGAUUUAACUUCCCUGCUCUCCUAUUUGAGGUGAGUCUAAGCCUUUUUCACUUUCAUGUAUACAAUUAG